AUGUUAGUCGUUCGAAACAACAUCCUCCUCCUCUUAUUUGAUUUAGUUGUUCUACUAGUCGUUGCUCGAAGCUCUUUUCUUCCACCAUGUGAGCCGAUUAAUGAGACCGUCUCUGUGGAGAAAGAGGGCUGUCCGAAGUGCCUGGUGUUUCAGACCAGCAUCUGCAGCGGACACUGCCUAACAAAGGAGCCUGUAUACAAGAGCCCGUUCUCCAAUGUCUACCAACACGUGUGCACUUACCGGGACGUCCGCUACGAGACGGUGCGGCUGCCGGACUGCCCCCCCGGGGUGGACCCGCACAUCACCUACCCGGUGGCCCUCAGCUGCGACUGCAGUCUCUGCACCAUGGACACCUCCGACUGCACCAUCGAGAGCCUGCAGCCCGACUUCUGCAUGUCUCAGAGAGAGCACUUCCCUGCAUACUAGCCUAAGUCCCGCUGACCGCA